CCAUCCCUCUCGAGUCUCAUCUCAUGUAUAGAGCUACCUGAUGGCAGGAUGAGAACCCAACGAUCUGUGGUCUGGCUUGGGACCUUUGUUCUGGUCUCCUUGUUUCUCAUUUGCUUCAGAGGAUCUAAUCCUUCCCCUGCAGUGAAUGUUUUUCCUUCGCCUGAUCCUCGUCCUUCGGCUAUCUUCCAGAGGCCUGCAAUCCCGCCCAAUGCGCAGCUUAUUGAGCAGACCACCAACCGCAAGGUUGCUCAACCAGACGGGAUUCAUCCUAUUGCAUCGCUUGUCGAGAAUGCUGAGCAGCAUUCCGAUCGGCUACUGGCACGCCAAUCGAAGACCCUGGCCCAGGCUGUCACCGAAUAUCGCACUCGCUACAACAUGCAUCCUCCCCCGCAUUUUGACAAGUGGUUCCAAUUUGCUAAGGAUAGAGGGGUGCAGCUCAUCGAUGAGUAUGAUACGAUCUACCAUGCCCUGCUGCCAUUUUGGGCCCUUGAACCGAAGACUAUUCGCGAGCGGGCCCGGGAGACCUUGGGCUUCGACAACUCCAUGAUCGGGAUACUCAUCAGAAAUGGCUCGGUGUCGCUGGCGGAAGGAGGGGCCUAUGAGCAGAGCUGGCAGCGCAGCGCCACUGUCAAGAUGAUCAAGACCUUUGUCGAGUAUCUGCCUGAUAUGGAUCUUGUAUUCAAUGCUCUCGAUGAGCCUCGAGUCAUCGUACCAAACGAGGAUCUUCAGAGGCUAGUUGCUAUUGCUAAAGAUCGGAUCUCCCAAGACACUGUUGCAAAUACCAUGCCAACGAACGUCUGGUCAGAUCGAUCAUCCGAUCUGAACAAAGGCGAUCGCAUUGAUGAAGUGCGCACCACCCGCUUCAACCGGUUCACCCAUCAGUCCACCUGGAGUUAUUCCCGGUCUUCCUGUCCGGUCGACAGCCCAGUUCGGUCUCUUGACGAGCAAGCUGCGGACAAUAUCAAUUCCUACGCGCGCGGUGAGCUAGGAUUUAUCUACAACGCGACUGCCUUCUCCGAUAUUUGCAAUUCGCCUUCCUUCCGUUACAAAUAUGGAUUCUUCGACCGACCGAACAUGUUUGAGGCUGUACAUGACCUGUUUCCAGUCUUCUCGCAAAGCAAAAUAUCUAGCUACCAGGACAUUCUCUACCCUAGCCCCUGGUAUUGGGCUGAUCAGGUACCUUAUGAAGAAGACAAGGAUUUCGAGUGGGAAGAGAAGAUUAGCAAGAUGUACUGGAGGGGCUCAACGACUGGAGGAUACUCAAGAGCCGGAGGCUGGCGACGGCAGCAUCGACAAUUAUUUGUCGGCAACGUUAAUGCUCUAAAUACAGCCAAGGUACUUGGUGAGGCCGAAAAUGGCCAAUGGAAGGCCAGGGGUGUUGGCCGGAACUCUUUUGCCGAUCUUUUCGACAUUCGGUUUACGUAUAUUGGCCAAUGUGACGAAGAGGAUUGUGCUGCCCAAAGGGAGUACUUUGACGUUGCGGAGCCGGUUGUUCAGCAAGACGCUUGGGCGUACAAGCAUCUGCUAGACAUGGAUGGAAAUGCCUUCAGUGGUCGUUUUUAUGCUUUCUUGCACAGCAAAAGCCUGGUCUAUAAAAUGUCGAUCUUCCGCGAGUGGCACGAUGAGUGGCUCAAACCCUGGGCCCAUUACGUACCUCUGAGUUUGACCGGAGAUGAUUAUCUCGAGGCCGUGCGGUACUUCGAGUUAGAAGAUGAGGGCAAGGUGAUUGCACCCAAACUCGCCCGACAAGGCCGGGAAUGGGCACAAAAAGCUCUUCGCAAUGAAGAUAUGGAGGUUUGGUUCUUCAGGCUACUACUCGAGUACGGGCGCCUAGUAGACGACAACAGGCAAAACCUGGGGUUUUCGCCUUAGCAUGUAUGACAGCUGCCAACUUUUUCUCAUAUCUGUUCUUAUAUCCCUUGAUGUUUUGACGAUCGAAUGAUAUCUAUGGAGUCCGGGUGCCUUUGCUAUGACGACACGAAUUAUCUUGGGCUCGAAGUUGUAUUUUUAGUUUUGUGUGUAUAUGGUGGCGAAAUGGCGGAUAUGUACCUAGUUUUAUGCAAGCAUAUGCCCUCGGAUG